ACAAUGGUGAGAAAAUGUAGCUAAUAAUCCACUUCCUCACUGAAUCACCUAAUGCUACUCAUGUUAUUGACUCAUUCACCAUAUUUAAUCAUUAAUAUCUGAGCUGCACUGGAAUCAAAAGAAAUUAAUCAACGUUUCAUGUGUAAUUACAUGUUUCCUUAAGACAUAUGUUUUGGGAUGGGUUUUUUUUCUCCACAGGAAAGAAGAAAUCCACUAAAAAGUUCCAUUUCAUUAACAAAGAGAAGACCUGGCCACAGGCUCAGAGCUACUGCAGAAAACACCACACUGACCUGGUGAGUGGACUCAAACAGUUAAAUGACCCAAAAUUCAAGGAGGAGCGUCCUCAGGGUGAAGGAGACUUGUGGAUCGGCCUGUUCAGAGACAGCUGGAGGUGGUCAGAUGGCAGCAGUUUCUCUUUCAGAUACAGGGAUCUGGACUUAUAUGAAGGAGACAAGAAAUGCGCUAUGAUUGCAAAUGGAAAAUGGAGCUCUGAUAAAUGUGAUGGAGAGAAACCCUUUGUCUGCUAUGAUGAUCACGUGAUCCUGAUCAACCAAAGCAUGACCUGGGUGGACGCCUUAGAUUACUGCAGAGACAAUCACCGUAACCUGGUCUCCAUCACCAGCCUCAACCAGCAGAGGUGGGUCCAAGAGAAAGCCAAGCAGGCCGACUCUGACUACGUCUGGCUGGGACUGCGCUACACCUGCACUCUGGACUUCUGGUUCUGGGUCACUGACCAGGCGGUCCACUACAAUAACUGGAACUCAAGUGUGACGACGGAUGACUGUGACAUGUCCGGAGCCAUGGACCGCACAGGAGAACAUAAGUGGGUCAGAAAGAAUGACGAGGAGAAGUUUAAUUUCAUCUGUUUCAAGUAAAAACCUUCUCUGCUCGCUGGCAGCAGACACUUUGUUUAUUUACUCUCUUUGUUUGCAGUGGUGUGAUGUUUUAACAAUAUAUUUGAUGAUGAUUGAAAGGCAUUCUGGGAAAUGUAGGAAUCAUGAAAAUUCAUGAAUUCAUGAAAGUCUGUUACAAAAUAUCACAAGAUCAGUGAGGAUGUGACAGUGUAACAGGUUUUUCUGUCUCCUUGUUCUGAUACAGGAACACCUGAAUGAUCUCUGUGUUAUUUUAUCAAGUUGUUGUUAGCUUUUUUCUCUCAUUCAAUGUGUGAAUUUUUAUUAUUAUUAAUCUUAUGAGGUUAUGUUUUGUUUUCAGUUUGAAAAAACUUACCGUCUUCAUGUUAGGAAUAGGAAUAAGUAAACCACAGUACACAGUAAUGAUUACAACUGUUUUCAUGUAUUUAAUACGGAACAUUUUAAUUUGUUUCUUCAUAUUUGGUUGACAUCUGGUGAUGGAUUUAUGAUAAUAUUACUGAGUGUGAAAUCUUUGUCUUUGAUGAUCAUAUGUUUGGAGUUUUAUGUAAACAAAAAAAAUAUUUCUUUGAGUUGAAUAAAUGAAUAAAAUGUUAAUAAACUGAGUAUUUCUUGUUUUCAAUUAAGGGCUUAAAACAUUAUGAUGAGUACUUGAAGGCCAUUCUCAUGAUUAAUCUAAUCAGGUUGUGUUUUGUUUUCUGUAUGAAAAAACCUAAAGUCUUCAUUUUAUGAUUACAAUUGUUUUUGUGUAUUUUAUGUGUUGGUGUGACAUUUAAACAAUAUAUGAUGAUGAUGGGGGGGGUACUAAGAGACUUUCUAACAGCAUAUUUACUAUAGUGGUGGUAUGUAACAAAGUUAAUUUAAUCAAGUACUGAAGUGCAAUUUUGAGGUUCUUGUACUGAUAUAACUUAAUACUUCUACUCCAACACAUUUUAGAGGCAAAUAUUGUACUUUUUACUCCAC